CCUAAUGCAAUCAUCUCAACCAUUAGUAGAGGAGUAACUUGUCAGUAUUAGCUUCUUUGCUCAAUUUUCUAUAGCAAUCAGAUCGCAAUGGCCAUGCAAGGGAAGAACAUUUUGGCCGUCGUGGCACUUAUCUACUUUGCGUCGAGCUUCAUCAUCUCGGCAUCUGCAGAUAGCAACGGCAUUGCAACCUACUAUACUCCUCCUUAUGUCCCUUCGGCAUGUUACGGGUUUGAUGUCCAAGGAACGAUGAUCGCAGCAGCGAGUGAGGCACUGUGGAAAAAUGGGGCAGCCUGUGGGAAAAAGUUCCAGGUUACAUGCCUCAGCGGGACGAACCAAGGAGUCCCGAUGCCCUGCCGAGGCAGUGGAACUGUAACUGUGACAAUCGUUGACCGCUGCCCUGCUCCAGGGUGCCGAGGCACCAUUGAUCUGUCCCAGGAAGCAUUCGCCUCGAUAGCGGAUCCUGCUGCCGGGGGAAUCCACAUUUCUUACCAACAGCUCUGAACUCUGAAGGACUGGGUCAGGGAAGAAGUUUAAUUUCGCCAGAUUAGUCUUCGAAUAACGAACUCUCCCCGACUUCUCUUUCCGUAAAAACCGAUAGUCAUGUUAAACCCGUUCCAGUGGCUCCUUUGUAUUCCACCAACUUCAAUAAUAAUGACAAUAAUAUUUCGAUCUUACAUUCAUA